GUUGUCCACAAUCCUGCUCGCAGGAGAAGAUGGAGCAGAGAAGAUCCUCCUAACAUGAGUAUUAUUCUGCUGGGUAAAGAUGUGUUAACAAACAGUCGAGUGGGAAACUUCAUGUUGGGAAGAUCAGCGUUUGAUAGUGAAGCUCCUCCAGAUGAUCAUCAGAUUGAGAGAGUCAGAGGAAAAGACAUGAUGAUCAUCAACUGUCCUCAUCUGCUCCAGCUGAACCUCUCAUAUCAUCAGAUCAUCCAGACAGUGAGAGAGUGUGUGGAUCUGUCUCAUCCAGGACCUCAUGUCAUACUUCUCAUCUUUAAACAUGAUGAGUGUUCAAGAGAAGAUCAAGAGCAUGUGGAGAUGAUCCUCGAGUCUUUCUCUUAUAGUGUUUAUCAACACACACUGGUGCUCACAACACACGACUCACACAGUGAAGUCAAUGACAACAUACAGAAAAUCAUUAAAAAAUGCUUCGACAGACACUACAGACUGGAGGGAAACAGCUCUCCUGCCGAUCUUAAAAAGACAUUUCGAGACAUUGUCAAAUCAAAUGAUGACCGUUAUCUGAUUUGUGAUGUAUAUGAAAAUGCACAGAGAUUCACAAUGAAGCAGCAGACAGAUGAAAGAGAUCCUCCAGAGAUGAGAGAUGAUGUGAGGAUUGUGCUGCUGGGUAAACCUGGAGUUGGGAAGAGUGCCACAGGAAACACAAUCUUAAACAGACAAGCGUUUAAAUCAGACUUAUCUCAAGAGUCAGUGACUAAAGAGUGUCAGAGAGAAACAGCUGAAAUCAACAACAGAUUGAUCACUGUGAUCGACACACCAGGACUGUUUGAUACUGAACACAGUCAUGAAGAGAUCAAGAGAAAAAUAAUGAACUGCAUCUCAAUGAUUCUGCCAGGACCUCAUGUGUUUAUUAUUGUGUUGAGUUUAACACAACGCUUCACCGAAGAGGAGUCAAGAUCAGUGAAGAUCAUUCAAGAGAUGUUUGGUGAAAACUCUUUAAUGUACACAAUGGUGCUCUUCACAAGAGGAGAUCAACUGAGAAACAAAACUAUUGAUCAGUGUUUGGGAAAACCUGGAUCUGUGAUUAGAAACCUGCUAGAAGAAUGUGGAAACAGAUAUCAUGUGUUCAAUAAUAAUCUGACUGAAGAUCAAACACAAGUUUCUCUUCUACUGGAGAAAAUAGAUGACAUGGUGAAAGCAAACGGUUACUACUCAUCUAAGAUAUUCAGAGAGAUGGAACAAGAAAAACAACAACAACAAAUGAAGAAACUGAUGGAGAAAAUUGAACAACUAAGCCAAGAGAAAGAGAGAAUAGAAAAAGAGAAACAAAAUCAACUAGAAGAGUUUGUGAAGAUAAUACAUGAGGAGAGGAAUAUGAGAGAAGAGCAACAAAAGAUCUCAGAAGAUAAACUGAAACUCAUGAAAGAAGAGAAUGAUGAUGAACUAAAGAGAAGAACAACAGAGAUGAUGGAGAAACAUGAAAGAGAGAAAGAAGAGAUGAAGAAGAUCUGGACUCUGUCACUACACACUUUACAGGUAGAAAACAUGGAUUUUGGAGUGGCAGAAGCAAAAUCAGAUCUUUAUGUACGAGUGGAAAAGACUGAAAAAAUAAAAAAUCUCUUUUACAAACUUUUUCUUAAGAGAAACUCAAACAGUCUGAGAGCUGCAGAUGUUCUUCAGAUAUCCUCACAUUCCUUACAGUCCCAUGAGUUUUGUACUGAGGAAGAGUUGGUCAAGAAUUAUCUGCAGAAACUACUGAUGAUGAACUACAGAGCAAGAUACAUUAAAACUGAAGAGACAUAUGAACAACAUCACACACAACAAAGAGAAAAUUAUACAUAUAAACAUGAGGGGGAUGUUUUUGAUGAUAUGUCUUUCUUUAAUGAAGAAACAAAUAAACCAGACCCAGUUCACCCGAUGGAUGUUCAGAUGGCUGUGUUUCAUUGUGCUGAUAGUUUCCUAAAGCAGCUGAUGGUCACUAAACUCUCACAGUGUCAGUUUGCUCUUCCUCUGCUUGUUCCUCAUCCAUUCACACAACAGAUUGAGUUUCCUCUCUGGACAUUCAGACAAAUCAACAAGAGCUGGAAGAUGAGAAAUACUAACAAUGACAUCAUCAGUAAAGAGAUGCCAGUGUACAAAGCAGAAACUCCAAUGGUGUCGUUCUUCAGGUUUGGUUCUGUGUCUUCAUCCAAGUCUCAGCUGAUGAACAAUCUGAUCAAUGAGAAACACAACACGUUCUUCCACAGGAACUGUCCAGGCAGCAGCAGAACCAGACUACUGAUGGAUGGAGUGGUGGAGAUCGCCUGGUUCUGCCCAUCUGGAAAAGACACGGAUAAAUUUACUGACUGUAUUGCCUUCUGUAAUCUUCAUGGUGAUGCAGGAAUCCAUGAGAAACAGCUCCAGAUUCUGACUGAAAUGUCUUCAGUCAAUGUUGUUGUUCUCUCACAGCUUGACAAAAAUGACAAAAAUGCAACAAAGGUCCAAAAGCUGUACAGAGACAAGAAGCCACUUAUUUGCCUUUUUACUGAAGAUAAAUGUAAUGUUACUGAGAGACGAAAAGGAAAAUAUAAAAUUGGCCUCAAAGACAGAAAUCAGUCUGAUGUAUCUGAAGAUCUCAGAAGAGCUAUACAUAAUUGUCUCUCACAUUCAGCAUCAACUUCCAUGUUCAGACUUGAAGAUUUGUCCAAACACUCAGAUAUCAGAGUAGAUGAGGAAGAUGAUGAAGACUGCAGGAGAGGAAGAGAAGCAGCAUAUCAGAUGAUGAGUUUACUGAAGAAUAAAGAUGUGAGAGAAAUCAAAGAAACAUUUCUGCCUCAUCAGGGUGAACUCUGGCAUCUGUGGUGUCAGAAGAACAAAGAACUUCAUCGACCUCAAGGGGAAGACAUAGAACAAGAAAUAAGCAGAAAACAAACAGAAAUGAAGAAAAUUCGUAAACAGCAACAUGAAAUUCACAUGAGUGAGUUUAUAAAGAUCUUUAUUAAACAAAUGGUCUCACAUGAAGAAAAUGUUAAUAUAUAUUUUCUAAAAUGGCUCAGAAUCCUCCUGAAUGAAUUUACCUCAGCUGAUCUUUCUGAUCUACAUCGCAAGUAUGAUGUAAAGUGGUCAACAGUCUUCAAACUAAAAGAAAAAUAUAAAUCUGAACAAUUUAAAGCUAAACAAACAGAACUUGAGAAAAUAUCUGAAGAACUUCAAGCAGCAAGCUUUGGUUUGGAGCACAUCAUGAGAGAGAUCGGUCAGAUCUAUGAAUCAUGUUCAUCUGUGAAGAAGAAUAAGACAGAUCUGCAGUUUGACUUCUCUGCUCUCCCGAGUCUUGCAGCAGAGAUGAUGAUCUGUGGAUUUCCACUGGAGCUGAUGGAUGGAGAUGCUGCUCAUGUUCCUCUGAUCUGGAUCACUGCUGUUCUAGAUAAUAUCAUACAGAAACUGGGAGACCAGAGAGUCUUUGUGCUGUCAGUUUUAGGACUUCAGAGCUCUGGGAAAUCCACCAUGCUGAAUGCCAUGUUUGGACUUCAGUUUGCAGUCGGUGCUGGCCAGUGUACCAGAGGAGCUUUCAUGCAGCUGAUCAGAGUAUCAGAGGAGAUGAAAGAUCAGAUGAAGUUUGAUUAUAUUCUGGUUGUUGAAACUAAGGGUCUAGAAUCAGAUGUAAGAUCCACAAGACAUCAUGACAAUGAAUUGGCCACAUUUGUUGUUGGUCUUGGUAAUCUGACAUUGAUCAACAUCUUUGGAGAAAACCCAGCUGAGAUGCAGGAUAUUCUUCAGAUUGUUGUUCAGGCCUUUCUGAGGAUGAAGAAGGUCAAUCUAAAUCCCAGCUGUAUGUUUGUACAUCAGAACGUUUCAGACUUCACAGCUGGAAAGAAAAACAUGGAUGUAAGGAGGCGCCUACAGGAGACACUGGAUGAGAUGACAAAACUCGCUGCUAAAGAGGAAGUCUGUGAUGCAGAAUGUUUCAGUGAUGUCAUUAAGUUUGAUGUACAGAAUGAUGUGAAGUAUUUUGCUCAGCUGUGGGAGGGAAGCCCACCAAUGGCACCACCAAACCCAAACUACUGUGAAAAUAUUCAAGAACUAAAGAAAACUAUUAUUUCACAAGCCUCAAAAUCAGAUGGUAUGAAGCUGACACACCUGCGUGAGCGAAUUAAAGAUCUCUGGGAGGCUUUACUGAAUGAACGAUUUGUGUUCAGCUUCAGAAAUUCUCUGGAGAUUUCAGUAUACAGGAGACUGGAGACAGAAUACAGCAAGUGGACCUGGACUCUUCGCAGUGCCAUGCUGGAAAUUGAGAACAAACUACAAAACCAAAUAGAAAAUGAAGCAAUUCAUGAGAUUGAGGAAACAGAUCUUCAGAGAGAACUGAAAGAGAAAAAUAAAGAAGUGAAAAACUCAAUGUCAGAAUUCUUUGAGAAAGACACAGAUGCUGAUACACUGAUUCAGUGGAAAACAUCAUCUGAAAUAAAAAUCAACAAUGUUGAAGAAAAUAUUGUGAAAGAAACUAAGAGGACAUUAAAUGAAAUUCUUCAGCAGCGAGACCUAAAGAAAAAGAUUGAUGAUCAGAGGACACAACAUGAAAACACUCUCUUAGAAAAGAGUAAAGAAUUUGCUUUACAACUCAAAGAAACAAAAGAUGAAGAAAUACUGAAGAGAGAGUUUGAUUUGUUUUGGGACGAGUGUGUGAAAAAGAUCACCACAGAUAUUACUGCUGUCAAAGACAUUGACAUACUGACAGAUGUGAAAGAGGUCCUCAGUGACAUCUAUAAAAGUGUUCCUGUAGAACACAGAAGAGAGAACACAGAUAUCUUCUCUGUUACAAAAUAUUCAGAUUAUGUAACAGUAAAGAAAUCCAGUGGAUUUAAAGGACAGGUUAAAAAUGUGUACAAAGUGGCAAAAGAGAAGCUUGGUUUCAUUCUUUCUAAAGAUGAUGAAACACAAAUAACAAAUUUGAUCACAGAUGUUGAUCAGGAGACAGAGAAGAUGAUUCAGUCAUUUAAUAUUUCAAAGAUGGGUUACAACAAAACUUACAUUCAACAACUCACAGAGUACAUAAAAAAUACAAUAACAGAAUAUGAGGAAGAGUCUGUGAAUUAUGUGUUCAAGAAGGAAUUCUUCAGGGAUUUGGUAUUUUCUAUAUUUAAGAGAGCAGAAAAGACAUUCAAUGAUCAACACAGAAUGUUCAGAGAAGUCAAUGAUCCUGUUCUCUACUUAAAGACAAAGAGAGAUGAGUACUACAGUAUUUUCCAGAAAUACUGUCAAGGAGCAACAUCAACUGCUAUUUUUGGUGAGAUCAUCUGUCAGAAACUGAAGAGAUCCAUUGAACAGAGCGUCUAUAAACAGACUGCCAGAGAUUUAGCAGAUGAAAUCAGAUCAAACUGUCCAUCACUGAAUGGAAACAGAUCAAAUCUGGAGAAACACAUCCUGAAGAAACUGGCAGAAGAGGAAAAGUAUUAUAUUUUCAAUGACUACAUUCUGUAUCCCAAGGAUCACUUAAAGGGUUUUAUCAGAGAUGAAGUCCAUCAGUACAUCAGCAGUAAGUUCAAACUUAGUGUUCAACCCAAGAUGGAUCAGAACAUUGAAGUCCUGAAGAAGAAGAUCCUGACAGCAGCUCAUGCAUCCACUGUAGAUGUUCAAAUGAAGAGUGGAGAUGUUGAUUUGUGGUUGAAGGUUUUCACACAGAAGCUCUCAGAUGUUCUGAUAUUCUCUGUGAAGGACUUCAGUGGAGUCAAUCAUGAUGAUGUUGAUUUCAGUCUCUUAGAAGAUGUGAUAAUAACAAGACUUCCUUCUGUAAUAUCUGACAUCAGCAGAGAGAUCAGCACAGAUACAUUAGAUAAAAAACUGGAUCUCAACAACAGACCAGAUGAGAUUCUGAUUGAUCAUUUAUGUCAGUGCUGUUGGGUUCAGUGUCCUUUCUGUAAAGCCACCUGCACCAACACAAUAGAAGACCAUGAUGAAGAUCACAGUGUUCAUUUCCAUAGAGUGAAUGGAAUUAAUGGAUUCUGUAAUGAUGAUAAAACACAGACUCUCUGUACAGAUUUUUGUUCAGCUGCAGUGAUGAGUUCUAAAAGUUUUAAAUCAUCUGAUCAGUGGAUUCCAUUUAAAGACUACAGAAGAGCAGGAGGAGUUUAUGCAAAGUGGAGCAUCACCCCUGACUUCACUGAGAUGCCCUACUGGAAGUGGUUUGUGUGCAGAUUCCAGAAACAACUUGAAGAGUAUCAUGAAAAAACAUUUCAGGACAAGAUUCUAGAUGAAUGGCGAAAAUACACAAAAGAGGAUGCAAUUGAGAGUUUAGAUAAAUACUACAGCCCAAAACAUUAAAUGAAUGACUUCAAAAUCUGUGCACUCAUAUCUGAUGUAAAAUUCCUUAAUCAGCCAUCAUAUACUUUUUAAUCACAGAUACUUUGGCAGUUUGUUAAAAGAGCAGCUUUGAACAACUUUGAGCGCUAUACACCUUUACUGAAGCUGAGGAAAAGAUCCAAGUAUGAAUGAAAUUAAACCUUAUUUAAAUGUUGACAGUGAUUUAUUGAAAAAUAGUAGGUUCUUUCAGUCUUAUUUUAAUACACAUUCAUUACAUGUAGAUGUUGACAUGAUAUUUUAAAACCCCAAAUCAGAAAAAGUUGGGACACUGUAGAAAUAAGGAGUAAAAAAGGAAUGAAAUAAUUAACAAAUCUCAUAAACUUAUAUUUUAUUCACAGUAGAAUAUAGAUAACAUAUCAAAUGUAGAAAGUGAGCCAUUUUGAAAUGUCAUGCCAAAUAUUGGUUCGUUUUGGAUUUCAUGAGAGCUACACAUACCAAAAAAGUUGGGACUAGGCCAUGUUUACCACUGUUUGGUAUCCUCUCUUCCCCAAGUUUAGGAAUAGGAAUGUUGUCCCAUUCUUGUCUAAUACAGGCUUCUAGUUGCUCAACUGUCUUUAGGUCUUCUUUUUCGCAUCUUUUCUGUGGGUAAAAGAUCUGGACUGCAGGCUGGCCAUUUCAGUACCCAGAUCCUUCUUUUACGCAGCCAUGAUGUUGUAAUUGAUGCAGUAUGUGGUCUGGUAUUGUCAUGUUGGACAUGUUCCCUGAAAGAGACGACGUCUGAAUGGGAGCAUAUGUUGUUCUUAAACUUGGAUAAACCUUUCAGCAUUGAUGGUGCCUUUCCAGAUAUGUAAGCUGCCCAUGACACACGCACUCAUGCAACCCCAAACCAUCAGAGAUGCAGGCUUCUGAAAAGAUCGCUAAUAACAACUUGGGUUGUCAUUGUCCUCUUUAGUCCGGAUGAAAUUGCAUACCAGUUUUCCAAAAAGAACUUCAAAUUUUGAUUCGUCUGACCACAGAACAGUUUUCCACUUUGCCAAAGUCCAUUUUAAAUGAUCCUUGGCCAGGGAAAAUGCCUACGCUUCUGGGUCAUGUUUAGAUAUGGCUUCUUUUUUGACCUAUAGAGUUUUAGUAGGCAACGGCCAAUGGCAUGGUGGAUUGUGUUCACAACAAUGUGUUGACUUCUGAGAAACACUACCGCUCUUAGAGGCUCUUUUUAUACCCAAUCAUGUUGACAAUUGACCUAAUAAGUUGCAAAUGGGUCCUCCAGCUGUUCCUUAUGUGUACAUUUAACUUUUCUGGCCUCUUAUUUCUACCUGUGCCAACUUUUUUGGAAUGUGUAGCUCUAAUGAAAUCCAAAAUGGGCCAAUAUUUGGCAUGACAUGUUUAUGAGAUUUGUAAAUUAUUCCAUUCUUUUUUAAUCACAUUUUUUUCUGAUUUGGGGUUGUAGUUAGAAAUAAAGAUUUGUUGUGAAUCUCUGACACAUAAAAAGACCUGGGGUCCAUUCUUCGUACGUCACAUCCAAGAUCAAAUGAGACUUCC